CGGGAUAUCGGGGGGAAAGGGAAGAGGGCGAAACAUCGGCGACUCGGCGUGACAGCGAACGAGCAACGGGCAAACGUUUCGAUUCGAUACUGCGCCAAAUUCCACCAACAUCGUUCCAACAUCGACGCCGGUCGAUCUCUGGGCUUGUCAACCUCUCGUCUGUCUCUCCUUUUGCCAUUCUUCUUUGCCUGCUUACGCGUCUCCGUCUUCCUCUCUCCCUUCGCGACACGACGCGAGGUGACGACGCGAGGGUGGACAGUGAUAUCGCUUGCCACGAUACUUGAUCGCAGUGGUGGUAGUGUUGCUCCGAUCACGAUGGUGGUGGUGGUGAUGGUAGUGGUGGUGGUGGUGGUGGUUGUAGUGGCGGAGGUGAUAGUGGUGGUGGCGGCGGCGGCGACAAUGAUACUAGGGAUGCUAGUGGUAGUGACGGUUUAAAUUUCAGCCGCGUGCUCCGGUUCGCGUACGUGAGCCAUUACACGGGUCCACGGGCUUUCUCGUCAACCCACUAGGAUGUACGAGCGGCAGUCAUGAUUCGCGGAUGCAAAUUUUGGCCCAACGCUUCGAGAGGCUGCAUAAUUUUUUCCACGCCGGUCAAGCGUCGACGACGAACGAACCCGACAACUUCUCCCGACUCACUGCCGCUUCUUUCGCACGAGCAUUCCCGCCUGCGUGCACGCGCGUAUCUUUGGCAUCCUAUGGAUUUUGCGUGUAACACACUAUUUCGAGAGGAUCUAGAUCAGAGUCCUUGCAGUGUCGCGAGUCUUCCUUCUUUCGCGCGUACGAUGAUGAGGAUGAAGGAUUCGAUCGAAUCGGUACAGGGAGAGAGAGAAAAAAAUUCAUUCCGUUUCAAUGUUUCGAUGCUCGAUCGCACGGUUCUUCUCGACUCGAAUUCUCGCGAUUCGAUGCACGGCUCAUACGUGACGAGGAAAACGGAACGCAAAGCUAUCGCGAUUCGAAAUGACGAAAAGAAAUCGGUGACGGGACGUAAUAAUCUCUUUGUUAUCUAUGUUGUAUAUGCGAGAAUAGAUGCGAAGUUCCGUGAAUCGUUUCGUGGGAAAAAGUCCGCUGGAAUCAUGUGCCUUCUCCGCGCCAAGAGAUGGAGAAAAACCAAUAUUUACGUCGCUAUGAUUUAUGCCUCCAACUAUUUUUCUCGCGAUUCAAGAAGGAUAGAACCGGGUUCGUAGAUGAGAAUCGUACCUCGUAGGCAUUUCGUCGGACAAAAGUAGAACGUUGCGAUCGCCUCCGAAAUCGGUAUUCAACGGCAAGUUUUUUUCCAACCUCGUAGUUUCUCUCGCUUUCAACGCUUUCUCCGCGCGAAAUCUCUUCCUCCCUGUGACAGAAUGCCCGCAAGUGAUAAUUCGUCCCAAGUGGAGUACGAUUUAUAUAUCACGAAUCGUUCUCGCAAUUCCUCUCGAACGAGCGUAACGUUAAACUUUCACGUCGGGGGCGGUAGUUUGUAAAAGUUUGAUUACGCGAAACAACGUGAUCGAUUGGCCAACAAGGCAGACGCUAUCAUAGACGAAAGCCAGGUCGGGAAGAGGUAAAACAGGGGUUCUAUCUCUUUGGCAGAGAGGGCAAGUACGUGGUUGGCCGGCGGCGCGCACGAAUACACGUAUCGUUCGAAAGCUUGUUACAUUAGACGCGAGUCUAAUGCUACAGAGAAGUAUCGGUAGCGACGUUUCUUCUUUCUCUUUACCCUGCAACCAGGAGGGCGAGCACCGAGUGGCGGCGAGAAAACGUAAAUACGCUGUAAACAUUACCGAUCCUCGGAUAUCGGAACUCGGUUUCACGAUUCAUCUCUUUUCCCCAAGAUGGAAAAAAAGGAAUGGACGAACGGCUCGUGUGUCGCGCUCAUAUCGCAUCCUAUAUCGUAUACGUAUACGUCUGGCAGGUUUGCAUUAUGGAAAUCCCGCGGACUUUACGACUUUUCGAAGAUAUCGCGUACAUUUCCUUAUCUCGGUUUAAGGCUCUCCGGGAAACGUUUAUCUCCGUGGCGUAAAGAGGAUAGAUAGACUCGGUAAAAUCGGCAAUGAUCUCACUCCGCGUGCUACUACUCUCCAUCCUUAUUCUUCUCCGUGAAAUAUUUAUAUUCUUCGGGAAGAGAAAGGUCGGCGAAGAGGGAAUUUUUCGAUGGAAACGCGGACAAUUGUAGAAUUCACGGCCACGACAGGCAGAUUCUCUCUCUUUUCCCGGUUUUCAUGGAUUCCACGUCGCGGACGAGAUGCGCUUAUUCCCAUUGCCAUUCGAUCGCGCGGGAAUGAAUAUCGGUGUAACCGUGGGACAGACGCAGGGUCGAUGCUUUUCCGUUGUACUCGAUUCUUUCUCGUUGAAUGGAAAUACCCGACUAUAUUUUUUUCUUCUCUUCUUUUUACUUUUCUCUUCUCUCUCUCUCUCUCUCGUUUUAGCGUUGGGCGUUGUGUCGGAACGAAGCAUCGAAGAGAACGCGAGUUGGAAGGAGAGGAGAGAAGGGGUGAGAAAAAUAUGGCUCGGGUGCUACGUCGAUCCAACUUCUCCCUUCAUUUUUUUUGUCCACCAGUCGGAGAGGGGGGAAUCGCGGACCGUGUCGAAUGUUGGCCGUUGCAAAUGAGAUUCGUAGGAGUCGAAACGCGAGCACUGUGGCAAAAGAUCGAGCAUUCGAAUCCGACACUUUCUUCUUUCGCUUGCCACUUUUGGCAAGAAACUGUUCGCGGCUUGAAAGCGAAUAAAAUACACGAAAGAAAAACGAGAGAAGAAUGCGAAGAGAGAAAGAAGGGGAGGGGGAAGAGAGAAGGUGGCAAGUCCCGGAUUAACUAGCUUGUUUAAAUGUUUAUACUGUCGGUGGGAAAACUCUUUUUCUUCGUUCGGAGUGGAAUUCGGAAUCGAUCGACGGGGGAAAAAAAUCCGCUCGCGUUCCCCGGCGUUAUCGUUAUCAAGAGGAAGCUCCAGGUUUUUUCAACGGAUUUAAAUGCUCGUCGAUCUUGGCGGCAAAUAAACAGGAACGUUAGCUUUCGCCGUGGCACAAUAAAAGGAAGGUGGGGAUUCACCGGCGCAGGAAACGAGGAGCGUACGUGCACGAUGCCAGCCAGGACCGCGUCAAAGGAUAGGACGCAGCCAGAAGCGAGAGGAACGUCAUCGGCCCGAUACUCCAAGGAGGAAAAUCACCGUUCCAUUUUACACUUUUAUACGAAACGAGCUACUACGACGACCAACGUUUCCGCGUUGUUCCGGCCUGACGGUGUCUUUUGAUUCGGUGCCCGAAAAUAGCAACGGCGAGAGAUAGAGAGGAGAGUGGUGAAUGGUUGACUAAAAGCGAGCGUUGGCAACGGAACGAAACAUCGGGACGAAACCGUGCCGCUUCAUUCGUCGACGUCGGCAUCGGCCAAUCAACGUCCAACGCGGCCAACGAUACUGAUUCGAGCCUCGUACGCCCCCCCGUUACCUCAUACCGCGCGCGUGACGAACGACGCCUCGAAAUGGAUGGAGAAAAGUACGGUUCGAAUCUUAAUCGGCUUGUAAAUAGUCUAUCGUAAUUCCUCUCGCGUGGACCCGAGAUAUCCAUCCAAGUGGCGUUAUCCCCAGUUGCCUCGUUUCUUAGCGUACGCAAACUUUCUUCUCUCUCACGAACGUAACCGGAUCACGGAGGAAACGGUGUCGAAUACGGGAGGAUAUAGAGUCGUGCGAUAUUUCGAUUGGAAAUAUAUAUAUAUAUAUAUAAAGAAGAAAAAGGGAAAGGAUAAAAAGAAGACGUCGAGAGAGAGGAGCCUAAUGUUUCUCAACGACAUGGGGCUGUUAAUGUUCUUAGCACUAACGGCCUCCCUCCUUUUGGGUUAUUGCCAAACGGAUGAAAAAGUGUCAUUUUACGGAGCGAGCUACAUUCAUCUUCCGGUGCAAGAAGCUAAGGGUGCGACUGACAUCAGCUUCCGGUUCCGAACUCAUCUCGCGGACGCUAUGCUGCUAUUGGCCGUUGGCAGGACGGAUUACUGCCUGAUCAAACUCGAAACCGGCAAAUUGAAGGUCCACAUCAAUUUAGGGGCAGGUGAAAGCGAGAUGUCCAGUGCUCGUGGAUUGACAUUGAACGACCUGAGCUGGCACGAGGUCAAUCUGACGAGGCGAGAGGCUAACAUCACCCUACAAAUUGACGUGAUACACACGACCAAGUCCCUUCUACCAGGACGUUUCUUUGAACUGAAUAUACACUAUGGCGUCUUCAUCGGGGGACAGGGUGAUUUUAACGAGCUAUUUCUAGGACACACGGAUUACUUGCGAGGCUGUAUGGCUGACAUAAUCUACAAUGGCGCCAGAGUAAUAGAAUACGCCAAGUCGAGGAAAGGCCAGUCGGAGGCCACCGCCGUUACGUGGAGCUGUUCACCGGAAUUCGACGCUACGAGGAGCACGGAAGUUAGUUUCGUGGAGGAUGGUGCGUUCACGGCGAUCCCAAGACCCAUUCCACGCUCGGGCUCCAAAUGGGAAUUCGAGUUGAAGACCGGCGAGGAGAGCGGCCUGCUGCUCUACAACACCGGCCAAUCCUCGUACGCCGAUUACCUCGGGAUCGAGUUGUUCGAGGGUAAAAUUCGACUUCUGAUGAACAAAGGGAAUGGACCGACCGAGUUGAUACACGGCACACCGGUGGCUGACGGCAAGUGGCACCGGGUCGCCGUUGAUUUCAAUCCGAGCGGAAUCGGGAUCACGGUCGAUCGUCAAGAAAAAACCAUCAGCUUGCCCUCCGGCGGGAAUCGUUACCUAGAUCUGGCCGACACCCUGUACAUCGGCGGUACCGAGCUCAACAAACGCGCCAAGGCGUUCGGGAAAGGUCUUAAAUCCGGUGACGUGAGCUACAAGGGUUGCCUGAGAAAUAUGAUGUUGGAUAACAAGGAGCUCGGUCUGCCGGAUGUUAAAAUCAGCCAGGGCAUCGUGGUUGGCUGCGUUUGGGGAUUUCCCUGUAUCGAGGCUGAUCCCUGUGUUUCCGGGGGAGUUUGCUCUCAACUGGGUGUCAGCUCGUUUAAGUGCGACUGUGAGCAACUAUCGUGUAUCAAUCCGAAUCAUGCCGAGGAUUACGAGACUUACUCGAAAGCAAAUUUACCCGUGAACUUGGAAAUACUCUCAUCGAGUCCCCUACUGGUAUGCGAAGGAGGACAUGUGCUGGUGACGAGCGAUAACAUUGCCAUGGUACUAGACAUUGCUAAAUAUGGGGUGGAAGAGGACGGUGUUAUCUUCACUUUGAUAACACCGCCCACUUACGGUACACUGACUCUGGAUCUCUUAACUACCAGAACCGAACAUUCUUUCACUCUUCGAGACAUCGAUCGAGAUAAGAUACAAUAUAUGCAUGACGGCAGUGAAACCACGGAGGACAGUAUGAUUCUGGAAGUGACGUUAGUGGCAGGAGCUGGUUACGCGUUGCCAGGCUACCUUCAAGGACGACUUAGGUUUCCGCUUCACGUCAACGUUACACCCGUUAAUGAUCCCCCAUUGCUCGAAAUAUUAACCGCAAAAGUGCUACGACUCGCUCAGGGCACGAGGAAAAUCUUAACGAAAGAAUUAAUUUGGGCGAUCGAUGCCGACACACCGUCAGACAUGUUGGUUUACACGGUCUUACGUACCGACGCGGAUGCUGGAUAUGUGGAAAGAGUGACUUAUCCGUCGCGACCUAUCGACACGUUUACCCAGGCUGAAUUAAUGCAAGGAUUAAUUGCAUACGUACACCGUGGAAACGCGAAACCGAACGCGAAGCUUGAUCUUCAGGUGAGCGACGGUAUAGAAAAGAGUGAACCGGCGAGUUUAAGGGUGGCGGCUCAUCCUUUAGAAAUCAAGUUGAUGCACAACACGGGAUUGGUCGUGGUGCAUCGGUCCUAUUCAUACCUGACACCGGCCAAUCUCUCUUUCACCACAAAUUCCGACGACAACACCAUUGAUAUACGUUACGACAUCGUCUCGAAAUCGCAAUUUGGCACGAUUCAGAAGCUGAAGGACGUCUCGAGCAGUUGGAUCAACGUCGACCAUUUCACGAGCAGGGACAUCGAGUUGCACGCGAUACGCUAUCUUCACAACGAGGGAAGCCCGAAUCAGGACGAGUUUAAGUUUCAAGCCAGCGUUAGAGAGGUGAGAGCUCAACACAUCUAUGAUUUUCGGAUCACUUUCAUCGAUCUCGAGUUGAAAGAAGCCAAGAGGAUACCCAUUAACUUUACCAACGUGGCGGAAGUGAUCGUCACUGGGCAAAAUCUAAGGUAUCAAACGAACCCGCUGAUAACCGCGGUCAACAAGAUCGUUUUUACCGUGACCAUGGGACCAAGAUACGGUAAUUUGUUCCUUUCGAGUCGAAAACUACGAAUCGGAGACACCUUCACUCAAGAGGAUAUCGACUCCGGCAAAUUGAAAUAUCGACUGUUCAAGAGGGCCUAUUCCACCAUUCUAGAUGAAUUCGGUUUCAAAGUGAGCGCGCCGCAGUGCAUCGAUUUACACUCCGCGUUCAAGUUCAGGCAUUAUCUCAGCAAGAACGUGAAACCCUUGGACAGCAUGGAAACUCUGAGGGUCGACGAGGGAUCCAGAGUACCUCUAAGAAUCGUUCGAACGAAUCCAAAGGAUUACGGGGUUACAUCCUUGAUCUAUAACUUGACGAUAGUUCCGCAUCACGGUUGGUUAACCGUCACCAACAAUUCCAAGUCUCACUCGCGAAAUAACACCUCCUACUUCACUUCCGAGGAACUUUCGUCCCAAAAAGUGUACUACGUUCACGAUGACUCGGAGACGAGGGAAGAUUCGUUCCAAUUCGUCGCUAUCGCCUCGGACCUUGUUGAUUUCAUGUACGUGGGUGUAUUUCGCGUCGAGGUGACGAUGAAGAACGACAACGCGCCGGAACGAGUGGUUCACAAGGUGUUUCACGUGGUGUCCAAGGGCGAGAGAUUGCUCACGAACAAGGAUCUUGCCUACACGGACAAAGAUAUCGAUACGAAGCCCAACGAGUUGAUGUACACGAGACGGGACACGCAGAGAAAUGGAAUAUACAGGAUAACCAAUCCCACCUCGCAGAUACACGAGUUCAGUCAACAGGACAUCGACGACGGCCAGAUAUUGUUUAAACAUCAGGGCGAGGAUCACGGAAAAUUUGAGUUUGGCGUUACCGACGGUUAUUUUUACACGGCCGGUGUCCUUGAAAUUCAAGCCAGCCCACCUUACGUGAGAUUGAGAGAGAGCAACGGGUCCGUAGUGCAGUUCAAUCGAUCGGUCGCUCUUCGUCCGAACGAGUUGGACGUUGAAACGAAUGUGUACACAACGGACAAAGAUAUCAAGUACGCGAUACUGGAGAAACCGAAGCACGGGGUGCUGCUGAAGCACGGUAGAGAAACUAAUGCAUUCAACAAAGAGAAUUUGCGUUACGGCAUAGUGUUGUACAAACAUCUCGGAGGAUCUUUGACGAGGGAUGAUUUUAAAUUCAAGGUAUCGACAAAGGGUGCGGAGGCAGAGGGGAUGUUCCUGAUUAAAAUUUAUCCCGAAAGUUAUUGGCAAGCAUUGAUCGUUCAAAACAAUAAAACCGUGUUCGUGGAGGAGGCUACUAGUAUCUUGUUAAACAGAAAGAGUCUCGAGAUCAUGCAUCCCAAGAUACCAGAGUCCGAGAUAGUAUAUUUUUUGAAAGAGUGGCCGCAGAAUGGAUAUCUGGAGCUACAAAUUCACGACGAACAUAGCGACGAGACUCGAGAGGAUUAUAUCGGAAACGCGGUGAAAUCUUUCGAUCAAAGCAUGAUAAACGAGGGUCGCGUGUUCUACGUGCAAUCCGUGAUGAAUCAGACCAAUGAUAAAUUUGUCGUCGAUGUGACCAACGGAAUAACUUGGCUGCGCGAUCUGAACGUCAAUUUUGUGAUCGUCCCGGAAAAACUUUACGUCGAGGCGAAGGGUAUCGUCGUGGUCGAGGGAAAGAGCACUAUUCUCGAUGAAAGCAACUUUUCUAUCCUCACCCCUUACUAUUCUAACAAAGUGACGAAUUUUCGAAUCGAGGAAAAACCGAAACACGGUACGAUUCUGGAAUCUACCAAGAAUUCCGAGACGAAGAAAUCCUCGUUCAAACAUCUCAACGGUGGAAUAAUAUUGUACAAGCACAACGGGGAUGAAUUUCCCAGAGAUUCGUUCAAGAUGGUCCUCAUUGCGGGGGAUAAAACCAGCGAACCCUUCGACGUUUGGGUGACGGUGCAACCCGUUAACGACGAGGUGCCCGUGCUGGUUAAUAGGACGAAAUUAACCGUUUGGCAGGGUGGAUCGAUCACGUUAACGCCCGAUAAUUUAGCGGCUGUUGAUAACGAUACCACGGCACGUGAUAUAACAUUUAACGUCAGUGGAGUUCGAAAUGGAUUAAUCUCGUUAAAAUCUUCCCCGGAGGUGGAUAUUUACAAUUUCACUCAGGAACAAAUCGAUCGGUCGAGAGUCAUGUUCACGCAUACGAAUGGAUCCGACGCCGAAUUCAAUUUCGUGCUCUACGAUGGAGUACACGCUACGGAAUCUUAUACGAUACUGGUGACCACGAAACCAAUUCGAUUGAACAUCGAGCAAAACGUUGCUUUGAACGUUUUUCCGUUGACCAGAAAAAUGAUAUCGAGCAAGUUACUGUUAACCAAAUGCUCGGACGAGACUCGGGAGAUAAAAUAUACGGUGCGAAAUGGACCGCAUCUUGGAAAAAUCAUCAUGGAGACGAGCGAGGGUGCAUGGUUGAACGUCGAACGAUUCACGCAAACGGACCUUAACAAUAGUAAAGUUUUCUACGAACAUACCAAACAAUUUAUGGAUCUGACUGCCAAUGAUUCGUUCACGUUCGACGUGGAAGCACAUUUCGCGGAAUCCUUAACCAAUCAGGUAUUUCAAAUAGAUAUCUCGGUCUCCAGCGGUGGAUUGGACAGAUAUGUCUCCAUAAAGAACGUGAGGGUCGAAGAAGGUGGUUCGACUCAGGUAGUGAUGAACAUAAGCGGAAUCGUGUCGUUCCUUCAAACUCACGCUGGAAUCGAGAAUCCGGCGGUACUCUCGAGACUGGUCAAUCAACCUAGUCACGGCCACGUGAUGAUUCUCCCGGAUUUAAACGUUACCACUUUCUCUCAACCCCAGAUCGAAGGUGGGAAGAUCGCCUAUUAUCACGAUCAUUCGGAUACUUUGCAAGAUCGUAUCAAUUUUUCUCUUUACUUGACCCCUGGUCACAUCCUUCUGUGCAACACCAGUAUUCCGGUGAUAAUCGAACCCGUCAACGACGAGCCAUUCAAAUUAAUCACGAAUGCACCGUCCAUCACCGUGGUUCAAAAUCAGAAUCAAACGAUAACCAGAGAGAACUUGUUAACGACCGAUCCGGACACUCCGCCAGAAGAAAUCGUAUACGACGUGAUAUCCAAACCGACGUUCGGUCGUCUGUUACUUCUACCGUUCAACGAGAAUAUCUCGGAAGUUCGUCAAGUGAACAAAUUCACGCAGCACGACGUCGAUUCCAAUCGGUUGGUGUACGAGCACAACGGGCCUCUUCAAGCGGCCUCAUUUUACUUCAGAGUUUGGGAUGGACGGUUCAACCCGGUGUACACGGUGUUCAACGUCUACGUUUUACCUAUCAAACUGAACGUCACCGUCUUAGGUCCUGUAAACCUCCAGCAAGGAUCCAACGUAGCUCUAAUUUCUGAGAGCACUGUGAAACUAGACACUAACGCGAGGCAAGAUCUGGUCAUUUACGACAUAACGACGACCCCAAAGUAUGGUGUGUUGUACGUGCGCGACGGAGCGGCGGCUAGUUUCAAACAAACAGAUUUACUGUCGAAAAGCGUGAUGUUUAUGCAAACGGAUAUGACCGUGUCGAACGACAGUCUCGAGCUGACCGCACGAUUGAGCGGAUUUGAACAGAAGCGUAUAAGAAUCGACAUCAAGGUGGUACCUCUGAUGAUUAUAAAUCCUAUGAUCGCUCUGGCAGGCGAGAAGACUAGAAUAACGUUGCAGUAUAUGGAUGCCACACCGUUGGCUAAAUUGACGAGCAGCAAUCCGACAUACACGAUUAUCAAAAAGCCGAAAUUUGGUAAAAUAAAGAGAAUCAUAAGAAGUUCCUUCUCGUCCGGCGAGAAACGAGGAACUCGAGAGAAAGAGGUGAGCAAAUUCUCUCAUCAGGAGGUGAUGUCGGGUGUGAUUUAUAUGGUUUGCAAAAAAAUUCCAACCAUGGAAUACGACGGGGUAAUCGAUAGCUUCGCGUUUAUCUUAGCGGCCUCCAUCUUUCAACCAGCCGUGGGCGAGUUCGAUUUUCGCGUGAAACUCGACAUGGAUGAAUAUAACAUCACGUUAGGUGGUCCAAUGGACCCGGUAGGUCACGAGGGUGAAAUGGCGAUCGCGCCCAACAUGAGCAACGAUUAUCUGUUAAUUCUAGGAAUGCUACUAGGCGUAUUUUUACUCGGUGUAGUGGUGAUAAUCACUAUUAGAUGUAGACAAAAUAAAUACAAACAUGCCGAGGAGGAGAAACCAGAACCAACCCCAGCAGUGGGUGUGAUGCCUCUGCCAAGACCUCCGGACCAUUUAAUGCCCGUCACCCCUCACGUGAAACGUUACGCGAACGAUCAUAACAGCGUGACAGCAAGUACUCCAUUGCCCGUUCUACCGACCAUGACGUCGACCCUACCUCAAUGCAAAGUGAUACCCCUCAACCCCCUGGAAAGUAUCACAGGAUCCGAAAUGGAUGUUUCCGCGAAAUAUCCGUACGGUGUCGCGGAUGGGGACGAAUGGAGCAGUUUCGAUACAUCCGAUCUACCUUGCCAAUCGAGCACCGCACAAAGGACCAACAAUCCCUUGCUAAGAAGAAAUCAAUAUUGGGUCUAGCAAAAGAAGGGCUGUUCGCGAUUAAAGCGAAACAGGCCGUAACACUUUCUCAAAUUUGAAGACUGUUUUUUCUUACGAAACCUUGAGACUAAUCGUCGAUUAACUAUGGUCUUAAUGUGCCUAAAAAUAAUAAUUGACUCCGCGAAAGGGGAUAUUAUCGAAAGCCUCGAUUUUAUAUCGGAAAUUUUGACGGAAACUCUUUUUCCCGGCAUCGACUCUUCCGCGAUCCAAGAUUGUAUACUUAUAUCGUUAACGAUAAGUCGAGGAUCAGAGUUUCCAUCGAUUUUUUUCUUCUUUUGUUACAAUAUAAGCGAUUCUGACAAGAGUGCUAAGUAUACAUAUAAUUCAACUAGUAAAAUUUUGCGUGGUUUUCGCGUAAAAAUACUUCCGCGAUUAACGGGAAAGCUAAACACUCGUUAAAUGUAAAAGAAUACAAAACCCGAGACUAUCAUCGCUAUUGUGGAUCGAAUGUGCCUAAGAUAUUAACGAGUCUUGUAAAAAAAUUUUCCCACGACGCCUGCACGAUGUCGAUUUCGCUGUCUUUCCUCUCGGUUCGAUGCCGAGAUCCGAAACGUUCUCGUCUCAGCCAAAUCUACGUCAAUCGGGAUCUUUUCCUUUCGUGCUUUAUGGCGAUACUUCUCUUCUCAACGAAUCAUCCUUUCUUUGUGAAAAAGGAAAAAUAGGAAAAAAAAGUCAUUGUCGAACAUUCGAUAAAGGUACCAGUAAAAAUGCCACGAAAAUGUUUAAAUGACUAUACCGGGAGCACGUAGAAACAUUAUCAGCGAAAAAUAUUAUACGUAAUAACACGUAAAAUUUUGUGAGAAAAAAAAAUUAUAAAAUGCAUAUUUCAGAUUUAUAUACAUAUGAAAAAAAUAUAGAAAUUAUUUGCGACUUUUCUAAAAAUAAAAAAUAAAAAAAAUACUACAUAUGCGCGUUCUAAGGAUCAAGGUAUAACCAAAGAUACUUCGAGUUUUCGCACAUAUCUUUUUACGCGAGAUUUUCGCAUUUCUACUGAUUCGCGUCGUAUAAUGUCGAUUUCUCAUUUUAUCACUUGAGAUCGCCUCUAUUCCUUUCCACGAUUUUAUACCAUUGGAGUAAAAAAUUCUACAUACACGUAUUGAAACAUAUACAAAAAAAUUCAUUAUAAUUUCGAAAUUUUCAAAUGUCAAAACGAAAUAUAUAACAUAUAUAUGCUGUCAUUGCCCAUUUUAACGAUUUUUCUACUCCUCUAAAAAUACCGAUGUCCUUUUCUACGUAAAAUUAAUCUCGUCGACGUCGUGAAGGUUGAGUUUAUUAGAUCUUAUAGACCGAAUAUGAAUCCUCUUACGUCAAUACUAUGUGACGAUAGAAAAUUAAUUGUGAAUUAAGCAGCCGUGAUGACGCCGUGGAAAAAAAUUUAUCCGUGAAUCAAUUCUUCAAUACAACGACAAAUUUUAUUAAACCGUAUUAAUUGAUCGGCGUAUGGAACGCACAACAAUGAAUUCAUAUACACUCUUCAGUAUUAAUAGUAAAUUAAUAAAUCGCUCGAUCAAUCGAUAUCGACUUGUUGAUUCGCGCGCUCGUCAAUUUUUCGACGAAUAAUAUUUAAACAUUUGUCUUUUAGAGCUGCGCAAAUUCACAGUGACCUUAAUCAUGAUUUCUAUAAAAUCCCUAGGAAAUAUAUAAUUAAGGAAAUGCUCUAACGUUGAUGUUAAUAUAGUGAUCAUGAUAAUAAUAACGACAAUUAUUAUUAUUAUACAUGAACAUAUAAAAUAUAUACACUCCUAAAAUAGAAGACAAACUGUUCCACGAAUUCGAAGCAUAUGCAUUAAUAUGACAAUUCCGAUUCUCGUGUGGCGAAAAGAAAAUACAUUUUUAACAGAAAUACGUGUGCUAAUUAAUGAAUAUGCUAGAAAUGAACAGUUAGGCUUUUUUACAUCCCUAAAAUGAACCGAUCCGAGUGCCAAACUUCUAUAUUGUGUAAUAUAUAUAGUUAUAUAGGAUUGUAUUUUCCCUGCCGACUGAAUGCAUUACUCUUGUAAUUCAAAUAAACUGAAUGUGCGAUGUUAUAAAGUGAACAAAUCAUAAUUACAUACAUACACCUUUCCAUAAUAUAAAGAAUUUUGAAUAGAAAAAUAUAAUAUGCAUAUAAGUA